AUGCCUAGCUCCCGCUCGGCGGAGCUCAACGUGGGCGGAGUCAAACGUUUGACUCCGCCCACGUUGAGCUCCGCCCCGAUCUGCGGACUGCAGUCAGGGGCUACUCACCCCUGGGGCCUCGGGAGAGCUGACAGCAGCGGAGGACAGGAGGAGGCGAAGUAUGAUCCGAGGAUGAUUUCAGCCAAGAAAACUCCAGAGAAGUGUCGUUUUCCGGUCCACUAUUUGGUGUGGCACAACAAGCAUCGCCAGCUGGAGAAGGAGCUGGCGAGCAACGAACAGACGGAACUGGAGGCUGUGGACCCGCGGGGCCGGACUCCUCUUCAUUUGGCGGUGACUCUGGGACAUCUGGAGUGUGCCUGCGUCCUGCUGCAGCACGGAGCAGACGUCUACAAGGAGAACCGCAAUGGAUGGACAGUGUUGCAGGAGGCAGUCAGCACACGACUUCCUGAUUUGGUGCGCCUUGUGCUGCGUUACCGUGACUACCAGAGGACUGCCAAGAGACUGGCCGGAAUCCCCAUCCUCCUGGAGCGGCUCAGACAGGCCCAGGACUUCUAUGUGGAGAUGAAAUGGGAGUUCACCAGCUGGGUGCCGCUGGUGUCUCGGAUCUGUCCCAGCGACACAUACCGCGUGUGGAAGAGCGGCCAGAGCCUCCGCGUCGACACCACUCUGACUGGCUUCGAGCAGAUGACCUGGCAACGAGGCAAACGCAGCUUCAUCUUCAGGGGACAAGACUCGAGCGCAGAGGUGAUGGAGGUGGACCAUGACCGGCAGCUGGUCUUUUGUGAGACCCUGUGUGUUUCGUCGCUGGCCUCUCUCCCUGUGCGACGGGACAGUAAUGGCGCCUGCACAGGGACAGGGGGCGCUCUGGGAGUCCUCGGAGCCACGUUGCCCAGUGACGAGCAGGUUGCGGCCAGACUGUCUGCUCCGGUCGUCACCACUCAACUGGACACACGCAACAUCGCCUUCGAGAGGAAUAAGACGGGUAUUCUAGGCUGGAGGAGCGAGAAAACUGAGACCGUGAACGGAUAUGAAGCAAAGGUUUACGCCGCGUCCAACGUGGAGCUGAUCACCAGAACCAGAACAGAUCAUCUGUCGGACCAAAACAAGAACAAAACCAAAGGUGGGAGGACUCCUCUGCAGAACUUCCUGGGCAUCGCUGAACAACACAUGGGCCCCAACAAUGGAGCCCUGGUGACUCAAAUGUCAUGUCCCGCAGUCACAAAUCCUUCAGCGCUGACAGCAGACGAGUACUUCAACCCGUCGCAAACUCAGAAGGACAUCGGACACCCGUGCCAGCUGACCACCAAGACCCAGAGGUUCAAAGCGAAGUUGUGGCUGUGUGAGAACCACCCUCUGUCUCUGGCAGAGCAGGUGGUGCCCAUCAUCGACCUCAUGGCCAUUUCCAACGCUCUGUUUGCCAAACUGAGGGACUUCAUCACACUGCGGCUGCCGCCUGGCUUCCCUGUCAAGAUCGAAAUCCCCCUGUACCACAUCCUGAACGCCCGCAUCACCUUCAGUAACUUGAACGGCUGGGCGGAGGGCGUGAGAGGCGCCCCAGAGGAGGGGGCUGUGGAUGGGGGGCUGAAGAGGAAAGCCAGCUCAGAAGCUCCAUCCCCGGGCAGCGACUCAUCCAGCGUGUCCAGCUCAAGCUCCACAACCUCGUGUCGCGCUGGAGAGAUCCCACAGUGUGUGUUCGAGCCGCCGCCCGGCUACGCUCUGCUGGGGUCCCGCCACAGGGAGCCCCUGAGGGAGGAGGAGGAGGAUCUUCUGCAGUUUGCCAUCCAGCAGAGUCUGAUAGAGGCCGGCUCCGAAUACGACCAGGUGACCAUCUGGGAGGCACUUACCAACAGCAAACCAGGCAGCCACACCCUGUCAUGUGACCCCAGCCGCUCGGACAGGACGCCUCAGCACAAACCCCGCCCCGUCUCCACUCCAUCCAAAAAGCAACCGAGCUAUGACGACCAGCUGCGCAUCGCCAUGGAGAUAUCGGUGCGGGAACAGGAAGAGGCGGAGCUGCGGCGGCGGCAAGAGGAGGAGGAGCUACAGAGGAUCAUCCACCUGUCCAUCAUGGAGAAGUGA